GCGCAGACGGCGGGCGCGCGGGGCGGCUCCCGGCCGUGAGGCGACGGCGGUUCGCGAUGGAGGCGGAGGGCGGCGGCGGCGGCCCCGGCCCCGGCCCCGGGGCGCUGGGCCGGGGGGGGCUCGAGUUCCUGCAGCACACGGCCGGCUCCCUGCUGUCCAGCUAUGGCUGGUACAUCCUCUUGGCCGCUGUCGCCGUCUAUCUCCUCUUCCAGAAGGUGUCCCAGCGCCUGGCGGCACAGUGGAGCGGGCGGCCCGGAGCGGCUGACGCAGCGAUGGAGCCUGACAUGGUGGUGAGAAGGCAGGAAGCUCUGGCAGCAGCUCGCCUCAGGAUGCAGGAGGAGUUGAAUGCACAAGCAGAAAGAUACAAAGAAAGGCAAAGACAGCUUGAAGAAGAGAAGCGAAGGCAGAAGAUAGCGAUGUGGGAAAGCAUGCAAGAAGGAAAAAGCUAUAAAGGAAACCUGAAACUGAAUCAGCAAGAAGUAGAAUCUGGUGCCUCCACCUCAUCAGCAGUCCCGAGAUCUAAACCAACCAAAAGGCCCUUGCGAGAAGGUGGAGGAAAGAAAAUGUGCCUUGCAAAUGAGGACUUUAAUCAGUGCAAAACCUAGCAGGAAGUUUCUGUGGUGCUUUUCCCCUGGAAAACAGCGUUUCAGUUCUCUUCUAAAUGCUUCUGCCACCAUUUACUGAGAUUUUUGUCACUCAAAAUUAUAGAUUCUUGCAAUAUUUCUGGGAUCCCUUCCCUAUUAUUAUAAAAGUCAGAUAAUUGACUAUCUGGUCUGUCUUUCAGCCACCUGUAUUACUGACUGAAUGCAGGAAGAAGAUAUUUUAUUUUGUAUUAUGUAGAUUUGGGAAGAUGAAAGACUUCAUUAGGCAAAAUGUGACCUUAUUUAUCAGGUAUCACAAUAAUGAUCUAUUGAAUAUAUAAGUCCUGCAGAUGUAUAAACUCUUACCAACUCUCACAAACCACCAGAGGAUCUUAACAUUAAACUCACUGUCAACUGCUGAAAUCAUCUUGAUGGGUGAACUGCUUUCCAUGGCCCAUGCUAGGAUCGCUGUUGUGUGUUGGCCAUGCAGCUGUGGUCUCCUUUCUCUCCUCUGAGCCUGUGCUGUAACUGCAAGUGCUAAUUGGGGUAUAAUAUUUUAAUGAUAAUUUUCCAUAGUUGGGGGGAGGAUCAUCUAGAUCAGCCUCAAUCUUAUCAGACUAAAAGAGAAACCCACUUUGGGUGCAGCGCUGAGUAAGUCACUUGAUUAAAUGUAUGAAACCUGAAGAUUCUUGAUUAAACAUAAUAAACCUCAGUAAUUGUGCAGUGCUGAAAUUUCUGCUUUGAAUAUUUUUACUGACAGCUGAUGACAAAAUCUGAAGGGACUGAUCAAUUGAUUCAUCUUAUGUUGUUUAAUGUGAGCUGAGUCUAAUGUCUGAUACUGUCAAAUGUUUUUUACAGCUCUUGCAUGGGAUAUUUAGCCCUGUGGGGAUGAGAAGUGCCUGUAAUGGCUGUGUGAAGAACCAAGACCAGGGCAGCUGGGUCGAGGCAUCCUUCCAGCUGCUCCCUGUCUUAGUUUCAUCCUAAGUCUUUGCUUAAAUAACAGAUGGUAGAAUUAGAGGUCUCCGAUCUUCUCAUGAGGUAGAUCUGCAUGGUGUGAGAGAACCACCUGCACUGCUCAGCUGCUGAAUUAAGGUAGAAAGCAGAACUUGGCUAGUAUGAGAAAAACUUCAAAGAGGGAGGUAAUGCUUGAAGUUUCAGUGCACAGGUCACUUUGAAGCCUGCUUGGUUAGCAACACUACUAGGUUUUCAGUUGUCUUUAUCUUUGCGUGGUUCAGAACAUUUGCUAAGUUGUAUCUUUCUGAAUAUGUACUUAUAAAGUGAAGCUGCCUAAGUUAUGGCAUUAGGACACUCAACUAAAGUAUCUGUUUGCCUUACUGCCUAUACUUCCCUUUUCAAAUCCUUGAAAAAAAUCCUACAGUAGUAAUGACUGGAUUUACCUUUUGACCUUUAGAACAUUCCUUGCAGGACUGGAAUAAAAGAUUCGUUUAAGUCCCUAACUCUUAGGGCUCUUGGAGAACAGAUGCACUCUCACAGUUUACUGUAAGGGUUCUUGCUCUGUUUAUUCUGCAGAGCAGCACUAAAGCUUUAGUGCAGCCUUAGAGAAAUUAAAUGGUAAUUAAUUUCAAUUUAAUUUAAUCCAAAUUGAUCAAAUGAAAACACAGGUGUUUUGCAAUGGCUUUUACUGAUAGCACUCCAAAAAUAAACCAUCUCAAGUCUGGAUAUUUUCUCUGCUUUCAUUUUCCUUAAAAUGCUGCCUAUGUAGUAAGUGUAAACAAGGUGCAAAUAACUGUGAGGUUUAUUUUUGGUGUUUCUUGCAUGUUGGUGAAGGCCUGUUGAGGAUGAAUACUAAUCCAAUGGAUUUCUCCUCUGUACUUCUAGGCUAUAACCCCCUGUCUGGAGAAGGAGGCGGAACUUGUUCCUGGAGACCAGGCCGGCGAGGCCCGUCAGCAGGUGGAUGAGGCUAACCUCCCGAGUGUCUCAUGUCACUAGCAGGCUUGAUCUUACCCACUGUCUAACUGCCUACAGUUUGCUUGUCACAGUGACUCCUUUGGGACUGGGUUUAGUGCAGGUGUUAACAUGAAAACAGAUUUACAUCAUUUCCAAAUGGUAACGCAGAAGCUGAUAGCACACAAGA